AUGACAACGGAUAUUCACAGCGCUGCCGAGCGCAUCAUAUCUACCGACACGACCCGCGAUCCCGACUUCAACUUCUCCUUCGGCCCCUUCCUCCGCAAGAGUUUCGGUUUCGGCCUUGCCAGCGAUGUCCCUGUCUGCAAAGCCUACAAGGAAGGUCACUGCCCUCUUGGACCAACAUGCCCAGAUCGACACCCAACGCCCUCACGGGUGACCACAUCGACGACGACCGCUUCAGGCCUCGCGCCGUCCUCUACACACGGUUCACUGGUCUGCAAACACUUCCUCAAAGGACUCUGCAAAAAAGGUUUCAAAUGCGAGUAUCUACAUGAGUACAACCUACGGCGGAUGCCGGAAUGCCAGUCCUUUUCUCGGUCUGGAUAUUGCCCGAACGGGGACGACUGUUUAUACCAGCACGUGAGGCCGGAAGCCAAGCUACCCCCGUGUGAGCAUUACGAUCGUGGGUUCUGUCCGUUAGGUCCGCUGUGCGCUAAACGCCAUAUCCGGAGGAAGCUCUGUCCGUUUUAUCUGGCGGGUUUCUGCCCCGAAGGCAAGGCAUGUGCGGACGCUCAUCCACGCUGGACGGAGAAUCUACCCAAGCCGAUGAUGAGGGUUGAGAAGUCGGAGGAGGAGCUCGAGCGUGAAAGAGCCAUCAUUCGAGAAGAGCAGGAGAGGGAAGAAGAGCGAGAGAGGGAGUGGAGAAGGGAACGUGGUCGAGGCGGUGGCUUCAUGCGCGGUCGAUACCGUGGCAGAGGAAGGGGAAUGUGA